GGUCUACACUGCAUUGUGAGAAACAGUACUUGCUUGGAUAAGUCCUGGCUUAAGGUUUCAGAAUGGACUCCCUCAGCUCCAAGAUCUCUUGAGGUCCAUGCAGAUGUUCUCCCUGGUGAAGGGGGAGAACUGCUUCCUGUGCUGAAUAUACAGUGGAAGGUGGCAACUGAUGGAAGUAUUCUACUCCUCCGAGGAGCAGAAUUAAACGUGCUGGAGGUGAGCACUAACCGGCAGGUCUGUGCUCAGUUCGAUUUUCAGACCAACCUUUCUCACCAGGUCAGACCAGACAAUGGACGUCGGUGGAAUUUCUCCUUCAACCACUUUGUGGUGCAGCCAGGUCAGAGAUACCAAGUGACUGUCCAUCACCUGCCCAAAUUAAGCACUAGUGGAGACCAAAAUUGCAUAAACUGGUCAUAUACAGUACCAGGUUGCAUGGAUCCUGCCAUGAAAAUGACGGCACCAUGUCUGCAAAUAGGUAGCCUGUGGGAGCCAAACAUUGAAGGAACAAGGCUAGGUGAUGAUUCUGUUAUGGUGAGCUUUAACCCAGCAAUGGACCCAGCCAGUUACCACAUCCAUGUGACCAGUUUUCAAGAUGAAAAGGAAUGCAAGACAGGCAGGAAAGAGAUCUCAGAGGAAGGGCUGCAACAGCGGCUGAAUGUCACCAUUGAAAUAGAGAGAAACUUGAAGGCUUGUUGCUCAUACAAAGUGCAGAUCCAGCCAUUUUUUGCCUCUUGUGACACGGAUUGUCUGAGGCAUUCUACUUCCAUCCCAUGUCCUCCUCCUGAUUCCCUGCCUAGAAAAAGUGAUGACAGAAUGAAUAGAACCGAUUCUUCGGUAUGGGUGUCCUGGUGCAGCACUCUCGUCUGCUUCUUAUUAGUCGGGACUAUCGUUGCUUGGGUUUUUUGCCAUGCUUGGAGAAAGAAAGGACCACUUUCUGGAACAAGCAAUAAUGAUGGUGCGCACCAUGGUCUACUGCAUGUGUCACAGCCUGCCCCGCUCCUGAAGCCCAGCAAGGUUUGGAUUGUGUAUUCUGCUGAUCACAAGCUCUAUGUCGAUAUCGUGAUAAAGCUGGCUCAGUUCAUGAUCACGGAGUGUGGAACUGAAGUGGUCUUAGACCUGCUGGAGGAGCAUGAGAUUUCCAAGGUGGGAGCCAUGCGCUGGCUCACCCGGCAGAAGCAAGAAAUGGAAGCGCGCUCCUCCAAGAUCAUCAUCCUGUGUUCUCGGGGUACGCGAGCCAAGUGGCAGGCCAUGCUUGGGCAUAAGGAAGGGUCCGUCUCUCUCAGACAAGAUAACCUGCUGCCAAUGGGGGACAUGUUCACUCCUGCUCUGAAUCUGAUCCUGCCCGACUUCAAGCAGCCGGCUUGCUUUGGCACAUACCUGGUCUGCUAUUUUGAGGGCAUAAGCAAUGAAAGGGAUAUUCCAGACCCAUUCAACGUCACCUCCAAGUACCAGCUGAUGGACAAGUUUGAAGAAGUUUACUUCCUGAUUCAGGAUAUGGAGAAGUUCGAGCCAGGGCGUGUCCAUCAGAUUCCAGAGAUCUCUGCCGAAAAGUACGCCGAAAGCCAGAGCGGCAGGAAACUGAAAGAAGCAGUGCAGAAGUUCAAGGAAUGGCAGGCCGAGCAUCCCGAUUGGUUCGAAAAAGAAAAUGCUGGCUGUGCAGGAGAGGAUGACCUGCAGUCUCUGAACGGGGAGCUCUGGGAGGACUUAACACUGGACGAGGGGGGGAUUUUGAAACAGCAGCUACUUCCACGGGAGCCUGACCCCGACAGCUGUUGCCUGGUCAGCCUCUGCAUCAAUGAGGAUGAGGUUGGAACCUGUCAGCUGCUACCCCAGCUUCUUCCACAAGAGCAUCCAGCAUUCCAAACCUUGAUCAUUCCUGCAGAUGACGAGACUUCUCCAGUCCAGGUAGUAGAGCCAGUUGAUCUUGCAAAAGAAAGAGAGAUAAUCAGCCAUCAGCUGUUGACCAAUGAAGAUUGGCUGGAAGGAGGAGACCCAGUACUGGAGACGAGCAUGCCAAGGAGGAACAGCGUUGUUCUUCAAGAAGAACUGUCCUCAGAUGCCCAGGCACUACCAGAUGAUGUGAGGCAACAGUUGGAAGGACUAAUGUUUUCUCUCUACCACCAAAGCAUUGUGUUUUCAGAACCACCUAUCUGCCAGGAAAUUAUUAAUGAACAACAGCCGCCCCUAAUUUUUGAGGAUAUGUGCAAAGAUCAGAGGCAGUCCAUGCAAUCGGACCAGGGUUACAUUUCUAGAUGUUCUCCUUUGCCUUCAGAUGGCCCUGUUGAAGAAGAAGUGGAGGAGGAAAAAGAUCAAGAAAGCCACAGAGAUGCUGAGCAUCUCUCUCCAGACGUCUUGGACAGUCUAAAGAGUCUUCAGCAGAAGCUGUUUUUCCAGGACAUUCAGCAGAACUCCAAACAAGGCUACCCAUCUCAAUCUGUUUCUAACCUGUUCGGCUGUUGGCCUGUUUUCAUGGUUGACAAACUCUCCUUUCUACCCAGUUCUAGCAGCAACCUUCUGUCUUUUAGAGAUUCCACCAUACACUAA